GUUAUGUGACCAUUUACAGAUUAUCUUUAAAGUUUUGAGGUUUGGCAAGCCUAAGACAAAGUUACACAAAAAAUGCGAACAAAGAGGGUGUGCAGGACAUGGAUUUAUACUGUGGUCAUCUCCGUGUUUGAAGCAUGGUCUCAAGAUGCAGUUAACAGAGAUGUUGCUUUCAAUCUUGGGACCAACAUUAACCUGACCUGCACUAACAAGACGAGGGCUGACAUUGUAUUUAUGAUCUGGGAGAUGCACUUGAAAAACAAAAACUGUAAGAUCUCCUUUGUAAAUUACGACAAAGGUAUUGACUCUUGCAAAGAUGGAAAAUCUCUCCAAAAGACUUCCACUGGUCAGCUGUAUCUGCACGUCCCAAACGUUUCAGCUGAUGAUGUUGGACUCUACAAGUGCGAGUCGGUUUACAAUGGAGGAAAUGAAAACUAUGACAUCAAAGUGGCUGUGACAGCUCCUCCUGUUUUAUCUGCCUGGUUGGAGCAGAAGGGCAACAAAAUGGUGGCGCUGUGCAGAGCUGAAAGAGGAACACCAGUUGCCAAUUUAAGUUGGAGUUAUGGAGGCAGCUCAGAGCCUGCAGUGAAAACUCAACUGGACCCAGAUGGAUUUGUAACAGUAGAGAGUCAUCUGGAGCUCCUGGAAGACAUCGGUCCAGAAGAACUGACCUGCAUUGUCCAGCACCGUUUUUGGGAUCAGGAAAAGAUUCUGGUACCGAAACUCAGAGAAGCAAAUUCGCCUCUAUUGUGGAUACGUGUUACUUUGGUGAUCAUCUUAACUUUAGCAGGAGUCUUUCUUUUAGCACUAAAGAAAUGCCGUGGUACCACCAACCUUUUCAGCAUGUCAAUCUACUGA